GCCGCGGGCGGAGGGCACGCGUCAGCUCCGCCCACUUGUCCUUGCUCCGUCGCGCGCUUCGGGGCCUCCGGCUCGCCCAAGGUCUCCUCCUGCGUGGACGCCGCCGCCGCCGCCGCCGCCUUGAUGAGCCGCCUGAUGCAGAACGUGCUGGAGUUGACGAAGUCGCUGACUUCUGCUCCCGGUUUCGAUCGAGUUCUGGAAAAGGAUUUUAUUUAUUCAUGAGAAAGGCAGAGACACAGGCAAAGAGAGAAGCAGGCUCCUCCCAGGGAACCCAGUAUGGGACUCAUCCCCUGCACCGGGAUCAAGGCAGACACUCAACCUCGGAGCCACCCACGCAUCCCUAUGAGUUGGUGUUUAAAUCAGAUAUGGUGACUCUUGUCUCUGCUGCCCCUGGGAAAGUGAUUUGUGAAAUGAAAGUAGAAAGCAGCCAUGCCAAUAAAUACGGCACUCUCCAUGGUGGUUUGACAGCCACCCUAGUGGACAACAUAUCAACGUUGGCUCUGCUGUGCACAGAAAGGGGAGUACCCGGAGUCAGUGUGGAUAUGAACAUAACGUACAUGUCCCCUGCAAAAAUAGGAGAAGACCUAGUGAUAACAGCACAUAUUCUGAAGCAAGGGAAAACACUUGCAUUUACCUCUGUGGAUCUGAUGAACAAGACCACGGGAAAAUUGGUAGCACAAGGCAGACACACAAAACACCUGGGAAACCAAGACCAGCAUGAUAACCGGAAGACACCCAACAACAAAGACCAAGUGUAAAUUUGACUUGAACAAAUAUAACUUUCAGGAUAAGUUAGCACAACCAGAAAUUGUUAGGAAUUAUUUUCUUUGGGAAAAUGCCAUAGGAACCAAGUGGGACGUAGGAUGGGACUGUUUUUCAUUUAAAAUUUCUUCAGUUUGUAGUCUUAUAGAGUUGAUACUUGGGUGAAAAAAAUCCUUAGCUGAAAGUGUUUCUGAAAACUUAGGUAAAGCAAAGAAGCCAGCAAGGCCAUUUUGAGAGAUUACCUUAGAGCUAAUGUCCAGUAUUAAGCUAUUAGAGAAAUGCAGGAAGCAACUUUAAAUAAAUUUGGAAGGGAUCCCUGGGUGGCUCAGCAGCUUUGUGCCUGCCUUUGGCCCAGGGCGCGAUCCUGGAGUCCCGGGAUCGAGUUCCGCGUCGGGCUCCAGGCAUGGAGACUGCUUCUCCCUCCUCCUCCUGUGUCUCUGCCUCUCUAUCAUGAAUAUAUGAAUCUUUAAAAAAAUAAAUUUGGAGACAUUAACAGUUAAA